UUCAUACGCAGGACGACGAGCGCGAUUUCAUUCGGAGAGAGUACUUAACAAUCAAAGGAUUACUUGAUCAAGUCAUUUUUUUUUGUUCUCCUUGGAUUAUAUGCAGCACAUUGUUGGUAUCCCCUUUUCUUAUUUAUGCAAUGGCGUUUGAAAAAUCUCAUAGCGAAAAAAGGCGCUUGUAUUGCAGGCCAGUAUGGCAGUUUCUGUUGUUCCUUUGGUGUCUCAGUCAUAUCGUGUGUGGCCAAAUCAGGUACACAAUUCCCGAGGAGCUGAAGAAGGGAUCACUUAUUGGUAACGUGGCUCAGGACCUUGGUUUGGAUGUGCAAAGGCUUCGUUCCGGUAGGGCCCGUAUCGUGACCAGACAAAGCAUCCAUUACACCGAGCUGAAGACAGACAAAGGCGUUUUAGUCGUGAACGAGAGAAUAGACCGAGAGCAGCUUUGUGGAGAUGUAACACCGUGCAGCUUCAGCUUUGAGGUGAUUUUAGAAAAUCCUAUGGAAUUGCACCAAGUUACAGUGGAAAUAACUGACAUAAAUGACAAUUCUCCGACGUUCAGAAAGGAUGACAUUAAAUUUGAAAUAAGUGAAUCUGCCACACUCGGAUCACGGUUUUUGUUAGCCAGUGCUGAAGACGCAGAUGUAGGCAGUAACGGUCUGCAGACAUACAUACUGACUAGCAAUGACGUAUUUGGUUUGAAACAGCAUUCAAGUCCAGAUGGUAGAAAAUAUGCCGAGAUGAUUUUACAAAAACCCUUAGAUAGAGAAAGCGAGCCACGAAUAUCACUGAAGCUCAUUGCUGUUGAUGGCGGGAGCCCCCCUCGAUCUGGUACAGUAAAUAUAGACAUUACAGUACUUGAUGUUAAUGAUAAUCAUCCUAUUUUUAACCAGUCUCUCUACAGGGCUACUGUUUCAGAGAAUGCAUUUAAAGGCACUUACAUCACAACAGUUAAUGCAAGUGAUGCGGACAGUGGAUCAAACGGUCUCAUCACAUAUAGAUUUUCAAACAUGAAAGAACAGCUGGCUGACGUAUUCAAUUUAGACGAAAUUACGGGUAUCAUAACACUUGAAGGGCAAGUGGAUUAUGAAAAAGAUAAGAAAUAUGAGAUUAUGAUUGAAGCUAUGGACCAAGGAGGGCUUACCGAUUCAAGUAAAGUGCUAAUUGAGAUUGUCGACGUCAACGACAAUGCCCCUGUCAUAAAUGUGAUGUCAUUCUCCAGCCCGGUGCCAGAGGAUUCUGCCUCGGGUACCACAGUGGCGAUAAUUAAUGUGAUUGACGCAGACUCAGAGCAAAAUGGCCAAAUUGUUUGUACAACAGACAGCAGCCUUCCAUUUAAAAUAAAAUCAACAUUAGCUAAUUACUAUGCAUUAGUAACAGAUUCAGCUUUUGACAGAGAAGUUAUCCCAGAAUAUAACAUCACUGUUAGGGCCACUGAUUCGGGAUCGCCAUCCUUGUCAAGCACAACAAUAUUACGUCUGAGAAUAUCUGAUGUGAAUGAUAACGCCCCAUUGUUUGCUAAAAUAAGCUACGUUGCUCACGUUACAGAAAACAAUUCCCCGGGGGUGUCCAUAUUUUCCGUGACAGCACAAGACAUUGACUGGAAUCAAAACGCUAGAAUAUCGUAUUUUUUCGAAGAAACACAGAUCAACGGUAGUCCAACCUCUUCCUACGUCUCCAUAAACACUGAAACUGGAGCUAUCCAUGCACUGAGGUCUUUUGACUAUGAACAGAUUAAACAACUUCAGCUGGUAGUAAAGGCGCAGGAUGGAG